GUUGACCGAUGCUUCCUGCUGGAGACUUACGCUAGCGAUAAUAGUAAAAAAUAAUAACUUUUACUAACGCGUGAUCCAGUGGCACCGCCAUAUGUGCCAGCUUAUUAGUCAGAGUAUUUUUUUGCAGUGAUAUCGCGCAACAAGUGGGCAGCAGUCCUCUGGAAUAUCCACGCAAACGCAAAAACUAAUCACUCCAGAAUGAAAGAUAAACAGUGGUGACUCUCGAACGGCGGGGAUUUGACAAACACGACUUAUGGAGUGUAGAGCGAGAGAAAGAUCAUAAUUUAUCACUCAGAUGGAUUGCGUCAUUCGUGAUAAAGACCACUGUGCAUAAUGAAACAGUCAAACCGAUCGGAUAGAGUCGCGAAUUCAAUAUAGUCUAUAGUUGCUCUCAAUAAGUUUGGGUUUACCCGUUGAAGACGGGUCUGUGAUGAGAAGUUAAUAAUUAAAUCUGGAAAACAAUGAGAGUAACAAUUUUUCAGUUGAUAACGGUUAAGAUAACGUUCGCGUUUUUGAGCAACGGUGAGCUGCCAUGUGAAUUUCUAGAUUCCAUCAAUAUCAGCAACGGCACUCGACAUCCAGAUGGCAGCAUAGUGUUCGAUGACAUUCGGUACGAAUCAUCCAAUUAUGCAUGGAUUGAUUAUGAUCUCACGGAGAACGGUACCGUCAUCGAUGUUCCAGCCUACGCACGUGGAUGUGUUUGUCAGGUGAAAAGUUGUGUGUGGUUAUGCUGUACCAAGGAUUUCAUUCAGUAUGGUGAACCAUAUCCAACCUGUUUUGGAUUCAACGAAUCAGCGGAGCUUCCUGUGAAAAUGGACUCAGGAUUGGACCACGUUGAGGUUGUAGAUUUGAUGGCCCAACGAGGUAUAUUCAAAGCUUUACGCAGUGAGCAGUGCGAUGAUCUGACCAACGCACAUUCCGACGAGUGGAACAUGGACAAAAAUGGGCACGUGAAUUCUCUGCACUCGGUAAAAAUACGACAGCAUGAAUAUUGCCUUCUGCAGCCCGCGGAAUCAAGUGAGGAAACCGAAUUGUAUUACUGUCCCCAAACUGUGAUGAAUGGGGGAGACAAAAACAUCAGUCUAUCAUAUUCAUCAAUUAUUGGAAUUGUCCUCUCCAUCCCCUUUCUGGUGGCUACCCUACUGAUCUACGCUUGCAUUCCGGACCUUCGGAACAUCCACGGAAAAUCGCUGAUAUGCUACGUGCUCGCGCUGACCAUCGCUUACGUUGUGCUGCUGCUCAUAAACUUCAACAUUGCGAUCAUCCCGUGCAAUGUUCAGGGCUAUGUGCUGUACUUUUCGGUGUUGGUAAGUUUCUUCUGGCUGAACGUGAUGUGCUUCGAUAUCUUCUGGACGUUCAGUAGUGGAGUUGUGAUCAAGAACGAACGAAAGCGAUUUAUCUAUUACUCGAUAUAUGCCUGGGGAAGUCCGAUGUUCAUUCUCGGACUGGCUCUGCUGUUCGACCACACCGACCUUGUAGAGGAAGAAUAUCGACCUCGCUUUGGGAUGGAAGGAUGCUUUAUUUUCCAUGACAAGUUGGUCGAAUGUUUGUAUUUCUAUCUUCCCCUACUGCUACUGGUGGUAGCUAACCUGUACUUCUUCGUGGUUACCGCAAUUCGGAUAAUUCGAAUCCAGCACGCAACCGAUGCGGCCCUGCGCAAUGACUCGAGAAGACACAGCAAGUUCGAAAAGGAUCGCUACCGCUUCAGUCUUUAUCUGAGGUUGUUCAUCGUGAUGGGAGUGACGUGGACGUUCGAAAUUCUCUCCUGGGCGGUGGGAAGCAACGAUUGGUUCUUCUACUUAUCGGACACCUGCAACUGUCUGCUGGGAGUGAUCAUAUUUUUUCUGUUCGUUUGGAAACAGAAAGUGAAACAGCUGGUCGUUAAAAGGAUAGGAUAUCAACGAGAAACUUCACGUACGAAAUCAACGUCCGUUAAUACCGCGUCGACCACGACGAAAUUUUCCAGUAUUCAAGAGUCGUCGUUGAUUCCGGUGCAUGCAAACGCUUGACUCAAACUGUACCUAGAUGUAAUCGUAUAUGGAACGUUAUUGGAACGCUGCUCGUUAAAUAUGCAACGUUUGCAUUUGAUAUUUUUCUAAGAAACCAAAGAAUGUUUUAAGAUAUUUCAGUGUGAUGCUUAAAUAAAUAAUUGUGUAUCAAACCGUGGAGUGAAAUAUAUAGUGGAGUGAAAUAUA